GCAGAGUUAACAGCAGUAGCACUUGACAAAGAUUUCCUCUCCAUUGCGCUAGUUUGUUAUUAUGUUAGAAAAUGUAGCUCAUUGAUUGAUAUGCUUUUAUUUCUUUUUCUCUGUCUUUAUUCUUAGCUCAGGGCCAUGUCUGUCUGGUUUGGUGGUAGCUCCAGACACAUCACCACGCUAAGGGGAGACUGAGAAGAGGAAACCGGGCACUUUGGGAUCUGAGCCAGUGACCUGUAGGAAGAGAGAAGCAGAGUAAAGGCUUGAUUAAAAUGGGGUUGCAGAUCUUCAUACCUGCUGACUGUGUGUCUGAUUUCCACUCACUCAGCGCACAGCCAUGCCAGAUGUAAAAUCUCCACCACCAUGUGAGUACCCCUCCACCUCCUCUACCACAGCUUCUGCCAGCUCUCCUCUCGACUUUGUCAUAGGCAUGGAGCCCUGCAUCACCAACCUCCCCCUGUCCCCUGACCCCCUGUCCUCCUUCCCCCAACACAGACCCAGUGUUCCUCAGUGCCCGGGCCUCCAGGGGCCUCCCUUCCCUCUAAUGGCCAGGUGCAACAGCAGCACCCUGCUCACUAACCUAGGGCUGAGGUACUGCUCUAGCAGGCAGGGCCCUCUGGAGAUGGGAACAGGUCAGGGGAUGGCCCCAGGCUCCUGCAUCCACACAGGAUGCAAUGGCAGCAGGCCUUACAGGAGUAUGGAGAACCUGAACUGGAACGUUGUGGCAGAUUCUGGCCUGUGUGCAUUCAGUGCUGCCCCCUACAGGAGUGUAGACAGUGAGUUUAUUUUACGCUAUACAUCCACUAGCCACUGGUAUGAUGGGUCCCCUGAUGGAUCUGUGGUGGGGGCCCAUGGACUGGUACCCACCUCAGAGAGCCUUGCAUUUCACCCUCAACAUGGGCUACCCAGGAAGGACCUACGGCUUUUCCCUCAGUUGCUGUUUCCAGGUGGCGUCAAUGAAUGGGAUGCGAGGAAAGGCCUUAGGGAAAAACUCCGCCUCCAGAGUGCGAGGUCAGCAGUUGAGUCUCUGAAGCCCCUCCCAUUGCGGCCUCAGGUGACCUCAAGUGCUGCACACAUUGAAAGGGAGGGUGUGUAUCACAUGAAUUCAACAGUUCCUGGUUCUAAUCCGCUGUGCACAAUGCGCGUCACCAGCCCUGAGGAGCUCAAGCAGGAGGUCUUGAGGCGCUUACAGCUCCGGCGGCAGAACAGCAGCCCAAACCUUGCUCUCUACAGCUCCCCAUCAACCCCAAAAGUGGUUAAAACAUCCUACACAACAGAUAACAUUGCAGGUAACAAAAACGGAUCAGAUCCUGCAUCUGGGUGCCGCAGACCUCCUGUGGGACGCCUACAUAUCCCUACAUUUGAAGAGUUUAAGAGGAUGAAGCAGAAGGAGGGGGAGCAGAGCAAAAAGUCCACAGCAGGUUCUGGAAAACUUGAGGACAACUUGCAGGGUGCAGGAGCAUCAGAUGGUGAGAUAGCUUCUUCUGACCAGACUGUCUCUCAGUCAGGUUGCUGUAGUGGAAACAGAGAGCAGAGAGGAGAUUGUGAGGAGGUGGAGGGAGACAAGAGCACAGAUGAAAGGACACCCAGCAGUGAUGAAGGCCUGCAGACCAUCACCUCCUCAGAGAGGCUUCCUUCUAACACUAUGAACAGUAGCAGCACUGCAGAUCCAACCUCGUCCUCCACCUCCAAUAGCAGCACCUACUCUCCCAUUCGCACAGGCCCCUCUCCACGUUCACCCCUGCAGCCCCUGGCCAGCACAGCCAAGGAGAAGUCCCCAGGUGCAGGGGUAGAUGAUGUGAGCUGCAGGCGUAGGAGGAGCAAUCUGGAACCAGCUGGGUCGGUUCCUUUCCUGCCCAGCAGGGAGAACUGGGAACGACCAUCCAGUUGCUGCCCAGCACUCCUUCCGGAGGGGACGGACCUGUCCAGCUAUGGAGCCAAGAUCUAUAAGAUGAAGGAUGGCCUCAUUGGCUCUGCACUGGACCUCAUCAAGAAGAG